AUGUCUGCUAGUUCGGAUACUGGGGAUUUUCAAGAAUUUCUUAAGCAUGGAUUUACAGCUAUUGGUGCUGGGCUUCCGGACCGACACCGAUCCCGCAUUCCCGCUCGCAGCCGCCUUGUCAUGUUGCCCAAAGUGGAGACGGAAGCCCCAGGACUGGUCCGAUCGCAUGGGGAACAGGGGCAGAUGCCGGAAAACAUGCAAGUGUCUCAAUUUAAAAUGGUGAAUUACUCCUAUGAUGAAGAUCUCGAAGAGCUAUGUCCUGUGUGUGGCGAUAAAGUAUCCGGGUACCAUUAUGGUCUCCUUACCUGUGAAAGCUGCAAGGGUUUUUUUAAGCGAACAGUCCAAAACAAUAAAAGGUACACAUGUAUAGAAAACCAGAACUGCCAAAUUGACAAAACACAGAGAAAACGUUGUCCUUACUGUCGAUUCCAAAAAUGUCUAAGUGUUGGAAUGAAGCUAGAAGCCGUAAGAGCUGACCGCAUGCGAGGAGGCAGAAAUAAGUUUGGGCCAAUGUACAAGAGAGACAGGGCCCUCAAGCAACAGAAGAAAGCUCUCAUUCGAGCCAAUGGACUUAAGCUGGAAGCCAUGUCUCAAGUGAUCCAAGGGAUGCCCUCAGACCUGACCAUCUCCUCUGCAAUUCAGAACAUUCAUUCUGUCUCCAAAGGCCUACCUCUAAACCAUGCUGCCUUGCCUCCCACAGACUAUGACAGAAGUCCCUUUGUCACAUCUCCCAUUAGCAUGACAAUGCCACCUCAUGGCAGCCUGCAAGGUUACCAACCAUAUGGUCACUUUCCUAAUCGGGCCAUCAAGUCUGAGUAUCCAGAUCCUUACACCAGCUCACCUGAGUCAAUGAUGGGCUACCCCUACAUGGAUGGUUAUCAGACGAGCUCCCCAGCCAGCAUCCCACAUCUGAUCCUGGAACUUUUGAAGUGUGAGCCAGAUGAGCCUCGAGUUCAAGGGAAAAUCUCAUCUCAGUUACAGGAGGACCAGGGCCUCCGAGGCAAGCAUGGAAAGCUGAACACGUUUGGGCUUAUGUGCAAAAUGGCGGACCUGACCCUCUUCUCCAUUGUUGAAUGGGCCAGGAGUAGUAUCUUCUUCAGAGAACUGAAGGUUGAUGACCAAAUGAAGCUGCUCCAGAACUCCUGGAGUGAGCUCUUGAUCCUCGAUCACAUUUAUCGACAAGUGGUGUAUGGGAAGGAAGGAUCUCUCUUACUGAUCACUGGGCAACACGUUGACUAUGCCAGCAUUGUCUCAGAAGCUGGAGUCACACUCUCCAACCUCGUGAGUCAUUCACAGGAACUAGUGCUGAGAUUCCGUUCCCUACAGUUUGAUCACCGAGAGUUUGUGUGUCUGAAGUUCCUAGUGCUGUUCAGCUUAGGAUGCAAAGAUCAGCCCAGUGGCAUUUUGAGUGAGUUGGACUACAUGUGA